AUGUUGGGUGUAAAUAUCAGUUGCCUGAAAUUUGAACCCAGCUAACCACUUGAGGAUAGCUCAAGUGGCCAUAGGGGGUGCGUGUGUGUUGGAGGUCCUGGGUUCGAGUCCCAAGUUAUGCAUGAUGUAAUAUAUAAACGCUUAAAUCAAAAAAAAAGAAAUUUGAACCCAGAAACCCUAACUUAUAUAAUUAGUUAAUUACUUCUCUCCCUUCUCAUUCAUCCCAGAUUCAUCUUCACCAUGGAUCUCCUUCGAAACUACCAGGACCAAAACGACGACGAAAUGGACGAUCCGGAGCCUCAAAACCCUACUACCUCCAAUCCAUCGUCCCCUGACGCUUCCCCACCUCGCCUCCUCACCUCCAAGUCCGCCGCCCCCAAGGUCGACGACACCAUGCUUGCUCUCACUGUCAGUGGCACCAAUGGCCACAAGGCUCUCUCCAAACCUAUCGAUCCCACUCAGCACGCUGUCGCCUUCAAUCCCACUUACGAUCAGCUCUGGGCUCCCAUUUAUGGCCCAUCUCACCCUUACGCCAAGGACGGUAUCGCUCAAGGUAUGCGAAAUCACAAGCUUGGCUUUGUCGAGGACGCUUCUAUUGAGCCCUUUGUGUUCGACGAACAGUACAAUACUUUCCACAAGUAUGGCUACGCCGCCGACCCAUCUGCUGCUGCUGGGUACAAUUACGUUGGAGAUUUUGAUGCCCUUCAGAAGAACGACGCCAUUUCUGUAUACAACAUUCCGCAACACGAGCAGAAGAAGAGAAAGCUGGAGAAGAAGAAGGAAUCUACUGAGAAUGAGGAUGAAGAGGAGGCUGGUGUUGACGUGAGUGAAGUUGAAAACCCUUCGACUGAUGCUUGGUUGAUGAAGAACAGGAAGAGUCCUUGGGCUGGUAAGAAGGAGGGUCUGCCUACUGAGUUAACGGAAGAGCAGAAGAAAUACGCCGAAGAAUAUGCGAAGAAGAAAGGGGAGGAGAAAUCUGGUGCUGAUAAAGGAGAGGUUGUUGCUGAUAAGACCACUUUCCAUGGAAAGGAAGAAAAGGAUUAUCAGGGUCGGUCUUGGAUCGCGCCUCCAAAGGAUGCGAAGGCCACAAACGAUCAUUGUUAUAUACCAAAGAGGUUAGUUCAUACAUGGAGUGGACAUACCAAGGGUGUUUCUGCUAUACGAUUCUUCCCCAAAUAUGGCCAUUUGAUUCUGUCUGCUGGGAUGGAUACAAAGAUAAAGAUUUGGGAUGUUUUUAAUACUGGUAAGUGUAUGAGAACUUAUAUGGGCCAUGCCAAAGCCGUUCGUGAUAUUUGUUUUUCAAAUGAUGGGACUAAGUUUUUGAGUGCCGGUUAUGAUAAGAAUAUCAAGUACUGGGACACGGAAACAGGGCAAGUCAUAUCAACAUUCUCAACUGGGAAGGUUCCUUAUGUUGUUAGGCUUAAUCCUGAUGAAGAUAAGCAGAAUAUUUUAUUAGCUGGGAUGAGUGAUAAGAAGAUUGUUCAGUGGGAUAUGAAUACUGGACAGAUUACUCAAGAGUAUGAUCAGCAUUUAGGAGCUGUGAAUACCAUUACAUUUGUUGAUAAUAAUCGGAGAUUUGUCACUUCCAGCGAUGACAAAUCGCUUCGUGUUUGGGAGUUUGGCAUUCCUGUUGUUAUCAAAUAUAUUAGCGAACCGCAUAUGCACUCAAUGCCCUCAAUAUCACUUCACCCGAACUCAAAUUGGCUUGCUGCGCAGAGUAUGGACAAUCAGAUUCUUAUUUACAGCACCAGAGAGAAGUUUCAGCUUAAUAAGAAAAAGAGGUUCGCGGGGCACGUGGUUGCUGGUUAUGCUUGCCAAGUCAAUUUCUCACCUGAUGGGCGCUUUGUCAUGUCGGGAGAUGGGGAGGGGAAAUGCUGGUUCUGGGACUGGAAGACUUGCAAAGUGUUCAGAACUCUCAAGUGUCAUGAGGGUGUAUGCAUUGGAGCUGAGUGGCAUCCGUUGGAGCAAAGUAAAGUAGCAACAUGUGGCUGGGAUGGAUUGAUCAAGUACUGGGACUAGUUGCUUUUCAUCUCAAAAAUUAAUUCAUCUGAGAAUUUGGGAAGGAUACCCAAGAUUGGUCUGAAGAAGGCAGACUUGUAUGCUGCUUGUAUCAGUUGAUGAAUCCAUUUGAGAAAUUCAGGAAGAGAACCAAAAUUGGUAUGAAGAAGGCAGACUUGUUCAACAUUGCGGAAUACAACAAUGACCUCUAUUGCCGCCAAACAAAAUUUUCUUGGCUAUCAAACUUCAGUGGGAAAUUAGACUUGCAUUUUAUGCUUUCCAUUUUGUAGACUCUUAUGUAAAGAUAGUUUAAAAGUUGAUAUUUGUCCCCUUUAGUAUAUUUCCUCCUUCAUCUUUUGUUCUUUUCACUUGACCUGCCUGUUCUGAUGAUAGAUAUUCUAUUGGAGGCUGCUCUUGUUUUCUGAACUAGAAUGGAUUUAGAAGCUCAAUUCCGGCCUUCAUGUUCAUGUAUUUUAUUACUCGUAGGUGUAAAUAUGUUUCAAUGAACCAAAUGAUGGUUUAUAAGCUGAAUUGUAGUAUUCUAGCAUGGCUCAAUGAAGAUCUACAAGUCUUCCAACUUGUAUUUUGUCA